UAUCAGGAAAGGACAACAGGAAGUGCGAGGAGGGAGAUGCUAAAGCGGCGGAACAAGAGAAUCAUACUGAAACACACAGACCCAUGCCGACGAAGUAACUCGUCUGCCAGAUGCAGGAAAUCUUUAGCGCAUCCAUGACAGUUGUGUUCGGCGACCAUUUAACUCAUUAAGACGUUUGCUCUUGAUGCUGCUUGAAUGGCAGCACGCUAACUAGCUAGCUAGCGGACGCCGGGGCUAGCGCUCAGAAGCGGCUAAAGUGAAGCUAAGCUAACUGUGGAGAGAAUUUACCCGAGGAGACAACGGCAGUGGACCCGAGGACAGAGACACAGGACGACACCGGCAUGAGUCAAACUGCUACAAGCUGAGAAACCUCUCAACAAGUUAAUCAGAUUUUGGCUUUUUCAAUCGCCUUCUCAGCAAAAGCUUACUAAAAGAGACACAAACAAAGAUGAGUGUCCAAUGCUGAGCACUCUACAGGCAUGAAUUCCGUUUCCCCUAGCUCAGCACAGUACAUCGGGGGAGUGAUGCAGGAUGAGCUGGUGGAAAAUCGGAGGCAGCAGUCCAUGGAGCAGCAGGGCAGCUUUGGUCUCAGACAGCCUCAAUCUCCAGAUCCAAGCGGAGAAGCAGCUGGAGAGCCUGACGAGAUGGACAAACUAAAAGCCAAACUCAUGUCGGCAUGGAACAACGUGAAAUAUGGCUGGACUGUUAAGUCUAAAACAUCCUUCAACAAGAUGUCACCAAUCACUAUCCUGGGACACUCCUAUUUGCUUAACAGUGAGGAUGAGGUGGAGCGGUUUCGUUUGGCUUUUGUGUCCAGGAUCUGGCUCACGUACAGACGGGAGUUCCCUCAGCUGGAGGGCUCCACCUGGACCACAGACUGUGGCUGGGGCUGCAUGCUGCGCAGUGGCCAGAUGCUGCUGGCUCAGGGACUCCUGGUCCACUUGAUGCCAAGAGAUUGGGCUUGGCCUGACGCUCACCAGCUGACUGAUGUGGACUUUGAGGUGUUCAGACCACGUUCCCCAGCUCGGGCUGGUGGUGUCCCCAUUCCUUCUUUCGGUUUGCAACGAGGGUCUAGCACCCCUGAAAAGACCUUACCAAGUGAUCAGCUCCCCAAAUGCAGCCAGAAGAAGAGACCUGAAGGUUUCAGGGACAGUCGUGCGGAGGCCAUCCACCACAGGUUGGUUAACUGGUUCGGGGAUCAGCCUCCAGCACCUUUUGGGGUUCACCAGCUGGUGGACAUUGGUAAAAGUUCUGGGAAAAAGGCUGGCGACUGGUACGGCCCUUCGAUAGUCGCACACAUACUUCGAAAAGCAGUAUCCAAAACUUCUGUGAUCCACAACUUGACUGUAUAUGUUGCUCAGGACUGUACAGUGUACAAAGAGGAUGUGGCUCGUCUGUGUGAUUUGUCACUAAGUCAGACUCCUCCUGAUCCGUCCAGUGAAGCCUGGAAAUCAGUUAUUAUACUGGUGCCAGUACGACUGGGAGGGGAGGCCCUCAACCCAACUUACAUCGAAUGUGUCAAGAACAUCCUGAAGCUGGAGUGUUGUAUUGGAAUUAUCGGAGGAAAGCCAAAGCAUUCUCUCUACUUCAUUGGCUUCCAAGAUGAACAUCUGCUGUAUCUGGACCCUCAUUACUGCCAACCUGUGGUGGAUGUAACACAAGUUAACUUCUCACUAGAGUCCUUCCACUGUAGCUCUCCUAAAAAGAUGCCUUUCAACCGCAUGGAUCCCAGCUGCACGAUUGGCUUUUACGCCAAGAACAAGAAGGACUUUGAGUCUUUGUGUUCUGCUGUAAAUAUGGCCUUGUCAUCAUCCAAGGAGAAGUACCCCGUCUUUACCUUUGUAGAGGGCCACUGUCAGGACUAUGGACUUGAGGGUCACAGCAGCAAUAACAGUGGACCCACAGCCCACAUCCUGCCCCCGGGCAAUCUAAGCCUGAGUAACAACAGAAGAAACAGUGAUGAGUUUGUCUUCCUGUAAGGUCCUGAGGAGGAUGCUCUCGCAGCUCUUACCUGUAGGUGGCAGGAAAGAGACAGAAAAUUCCAUUUCAAAGGGAAGGACUCCUGUUACCUUUGCAGCUGUGAGAUGGACAUGAUGCCUUUGUCCUCCAUCAUCCUCACUGGUGGACAACAAAAUAAACAGUGGGGAGCCUGUCGCCCCGUCUGUAUAGAUGGGUAUUAUAAGCUAUUUGAGUUGGGUCCUGACUGGAGCAGACAUUUUCUGGGCAAUGAAAUAUUUCAAGCUCAUGAAGUAUUCUUAAUUCUCUUGAUCUAACGUCUUGAAAAAAAGCUUCAAAGUCGGGCAUGUGUGCAAACUCAAGUGCUUUACAGUACACAACUCAGUUCCUCUCAACUACUGUUUAGCCUCCUCAUUUGAACUGGGCAUAUAGGAGACACUGUGUGGUCUGUUCUACAUACAGUAAUAUUUAUUGAGCUCACUGGUCAGGUGUAGCACUGUCCAAUGUUCUUGACUCAUACCAGAUACCAACUGCUGUACAUCUCUUUAUUUCCUCUAUCAGGUUCCUGAGUGUGAUUGAGUGAGUAAGUUAGUGAGUGUGGGGUUCAUGUAGUUUAUUUGUCUUUAUUAAUUGUACUGAUGUAUUUAUGAGUCACACUGCAACCACCGAAGUUUCGGAUUCUUCCAAGAGCAUCUUGUACAACUGUUGUUCCGCACUCCAGUAUUCAUCAAUGAGAUUUAUGGAACACUCUCAUGCAAGUCUGCAGUUGAAAUGCUCCGGUUGCUUAGUGGGAAUAAAUAGAAAUGAUAUUUUAAGUCAUCUUUAGUCAUUGAAUUUUGGCAUAUCUCAUGAAUUUGGCUAUUUGUAAGGUAUAACCUAGGCAGUCUUUUGUUUAACUUGUGAAGUACUGGUUCUGGAUUUUAGUUGGCAAAGUCAUUAAGUCCUGUCCAAGCUGAAUUUUACUGGAAUAUUUAGCUCCUGAUCUAAUUUAAUUAAUUUGUGUUUAAGUUCUCCCUUUUUUUUCUUCUUCUUUUUAAAAGAACAAAACAGACAAACAUGAAGGCUACUUCUGCAAGUUGCACUACUGCUGUUGGAUUGUUGUCCUGAUUAAACUUCAAACACACUGGAAUCACAUA